AUGUUGCCGAGCGUGGAGAAUGUCCCUCACGGAGGCAACGGUUAUGAGCAUGGGUCUGUCUGCGUUCUGAAACGCCCCGCCGUUCAUACAAAGGAUGACCCAGGAAAUGACCAAGUUCACUCCUGGACACUCGUCCCCAGCCAAGCCGUAGAGGCUGUGUGGAGGAUGGCCAGGGGGUCAGUGAUGCUGGCCGUUUCGUGUCUGCUGGCCGCCCUCUGCUACAUCCGAAGGCUGCAGGUGCACAUCAGCCACCGACUGAAAUGGUGGGUUGGAUAUCUGCAACGAAAAUUCAAAAAGAACCUCAGUGUGGAGGCGGAAGUGGAUUUACUCAGCUAUUGUGCCAGAGAAUGGAAAGGAGAGACGCCCCAAGCCAAGCUGAUGAGGAAGGCCUACGAGGAGCUGUUCUGGCGGCGACGCAUCAAGUGUGUCCGGCCGGUCAGGAGAGACCACUACGACGCACUGAGGUGUGUGCUGUUCCAGAUCCUCAGCCAGGGCCUCGCCUACCCGUCCUGGAUGAAGGAGAAGGACAUCGUGAAGCUUCCUGAAAAGCUGCUCUUUUCACAAGGUUGCAAUUGGAUCCAGCACUACAGUUUUGGUCCUGAGAAAUACACAGGCUCAAAUGUGUUUGGAAAAUUACGUAAAUGCGUGGAGUUACUAAAGGCACAGUGGACUGAGUUCAGUGGGAUCAAAGACCAUCACAAGAGAGGAGGCAUGUGCAACAUCCUUUUUUCCGAUGCCAUUCUGGAAUAUAAACUUUAUGAAGCUUUAAAGUUCAUCAUGCUUUAUCAAGUCACUGAGGUGUACGAACAAAUGAAGACCAAGAAGCACAUCCCCGGUCUCUUUCGACUCCUGUUUUCCCGGGAAACCUCGUCGGACCCCUUGAGCUUCAUGAUGAAUCACCUGAACUGUAUGGGUGACACCUGUGGGCUGGAGCAGAUUGAUAUGUUUAUACUUGGAUACUCCCUUGAAGUAAAGAUAAAAGUGUUCAGAUUAUUCAAGUUUAACUCCAGAGACUUUGAAGUCUGCUACCCAGAGGAUCCGCUCAGGGAGUGGCCGGAGAUCUCUCUGCUGACCGAAAAUGACCGCCACUACCACGUUCCUGUCUUCUAAGGCGGGCCGGGCCAGGUGCUGGCUCUGGCCAGGGACAUCUGUCAUGCACACGCCAAGUGUUUCUCAAACAGCAGAGUCACAGGAGUUCGGACUCUGGGGACACCCGUGGGCUGGCGGGGCUGCCUGGGGGCUUCCUCUGGGCUCUGCGUCCCUCUAAGGAAGCUGGGCUGAUACUUCCUGGGCUGGUGCCUCACCUUGCUCGUUGGGGCCCUGGUCACCCACACAGACUGUAAGAGCACAAGGAAGAAACGACACCAGGAAAAAAAGAAGAAAACCAGUGAGCGACUAACGUGGGGAAGCAGAAUUGGCCUCAAUGUUUAUAUUCCUCAUUAAGCAUCUUGUGUUUGCUGAUUUGGGAUCGUCAUAAACCUGGCCUUAAGCAUUACUUUUCUGGGAUUCUGUACGAUAUAAGGAGCCCCUUGAUGGACUUUAAAAUCAUGGGGUCAUGUAUUUGUAAAACACCGUGGUAGGCACACCGGCUCACAAGUAGUUUCACGCAGACACGUAACUACUUUGCCGUGUUGUACAAUAGAGCUCUCUCGAUUUUUGUUCCUGUUGUAUCUGCCCAUUUUAAGGUUUUGUAUCACUAAAUUAAGAUAACUAGGUGGACAGUUACUCAACCAACAACCCCUAGUGUAUUUCAUGCGCAUUUAUUGUGUGGAAUCUCAUUGUGCUAGGUGCUGAUUUCAAAUGAUAAAACUAGCUGUGCAGAAUUACCACUUUGCCCUGCCUCCCAAAAGUGCCUGCAUCCAAAUCCCUAGAACCUGAGGCUGUGUUAGGCUAAAAGGAGGAGGCAGCAGUUGGAGUUAAGGGACUAGCUUGUUGACCGUGAAAUAGGAGGAGUGCGUGGGGUUUCCCAGGUGGACCCCAUAUCAUCACAGGGGUCCUUAAAAGUCAGAGGGGGUGGGAGGAGUGUGGACACCUGGGGAAAUGUGAAAGUGCUGAGGGGUGGGGGCGGGAUGGUCACAGAUGCCAGGUUGCUAGCUUUUAAGAGGGGGAAGGGGCCCGGAGCCAAGGCGUGGGGGCAGCCUCUGGACUCAAGAAGAGCCCAGGAGUUGGAUUCUCCCCUUGAGCCUCCAGAAAGGCAGGCGAGCCUCCCUCCCGGCGCCUGGAUCUUGGCUCCGCGGCACUCUACCUCCGGAGCUAGAAGGUUUGUGUUCAGUGGCUAACUUUGUGCUCUGGCCCUAUGUAGCAGUGUCAGGCUAGCUCCUUUUUGGCCAUCUUUUUCUGGGAAAUACUUUUCUAGUUUAUUUUGGUAAUCUUUUUUUUUGCAGGGAGGUGGUACUUUAUUUCAAUCACUACGACAUAACGUUUUAAAUCUCGCUCAUGACGUUCAACUCCAUUACAGUGCCUGCUAAGAGUGCCCAGACUCGGUGGAUGCUAAACCUCGAUCCCUAACUUUCCCACGUUGUGUUGCUUCUUCUGUAAAUAAAAAGAAGUAUGUUUCAUGUUGUGGCGUGUGGAAGUAACACACCGGACUCUCUCAUAGCAGGGAGAAUCACCUCUAGGCACUUCUUGCGCCAGACAUCCUCAGGCCUGUUACCCCCGCUCAGUCCCCACCCACCAGCCUGAGUGGCAAAAUUAUUUCCACAUCGAUUCAGGAUCAGCAGGAGAAACUUUUGCAGAGGGACUAACAGCCUCUACUCUGUGAUCACACACCACUGGGUCGGGCUGGGCAGUCAGGGCAAGAAUUCUGUCAAUAGAGAGAGGCCCAAGACCAAAUUGUGAAAAGGACAUUUCAAUAGAAUGAAAGUAGAAGUGGAAAGAAGACGUCAGCAUAAUUGCUAUGUUUUGGGAAAGCGGCAAAGCAGAAGAUUCUUAAGGAAGGAGGAACUUUGAAUGGUGUUGGUUUGGUUUUUCAAAAUGUAAAGAAUAUAACUAAUUAGCCAGAUGCAUUGCAUACAAAUUAGCACCACUGUUUUGGGUUGGGCUUGGUCUUUCAGUAUUUUAUUUUUAUUGAGGUAACAGUGGUUCACAACCCUUUGUGUGAUUCACAAUAUGGGACCCCCACUUAUCACUGCUGACUACUGUUUCUCUGCCUGAGUUUGAGUAAGGUAGACACCUCGGCUUCUCUUUGGAGCCGCUCAGUUCCCUUCUUUGUCUCAAUGUCUGUUUUACCAGACAUAAAGUUCGGUGGGUCCACACGGCACCAUCACUUCUGUGUUGUUUGUUCCAAAUAACUGAGUCUCCCUGAGUUCCCUUCGCUUUUCAAGCUGUCAUACUCCUGUAGCCAAGAAAAUGAGUACUUAUCUGGAUUGCACUUCUGCUGCAUAUCACAUGGUUUAUAAGUGAUGGAAAAAAACACUCACAUAGUUAACCACCCGGGCCUACAUACUCUGGGGAUGAGUCAGAAGUGGGUGCAGAUGUCUGCCCUUGAAGGUCAUAGAAUGCACUUGAGGAAAUGGGAACUCUGCUUGGAGCCAGUGUGGAGGAGGGGACCUUAGUAUGUUCCUAGCUGGUGUCUCUGGGGGAAAAGACCAUUCUGUUAAGACACCAGAUUCCCAUACAAAAUUCAUCCGGCUUUAAAUGAUGUGCGUUAUUUUACUGCACAAUCAUGAGGCUUUGUUGUCAUGAUUCUUGGAAAGUUUAAUCAAGAGAAUUUACUACUAU